AUGAAUCAAACACCUGUUAGUUUAAUUGGAACUUUACGUGUUUCUUUUAGUUUUCACCCGUCACUUUAUACCUCGCGCACAAAAUCGGGUAUUGCAAGAAUAAUAAGAGCUACGAUUUCAAGUCAAAAACUUUCUGCUAAACAAAUAGCUGGUCUAGGUCCUUAUCGUUUUCUAAAGAAUAAGUUGUAUGAUGGAAGUUUGGCUUUUCCAACUGGUUUAUCUCAUGGAUUCUCAUUGUCUAUCGGUUUAGCUGGCUCUCAUUAUAUUUUUGGUAUAAGAAAAGCAAUUUAUUGUACAGAAAUUGUUUCCGAGAUAACUUUACCUUCAUCUCCUCAAACUUCUCCCACAAUUCCCCAAUCAACAACAACAAAAGAAACAAAAGAAAACUUUUCAUCUCCUUCCUCAACAACUGAUAAACCAGAUAAAUCAACCUUUUCCCCAUUUGAUUCCUUCAAUGCUCAACAAAUAACAUUUGGUGCUUCAAUGGGAUUUGCAUCAGGUUAUUUUGUCAAAGAAGUAUCAAAAACGGCAGCAGUUUUAGUAGGAGCUACAUUCGUAUUCUUACAAAUCUUAGAACAGCAAGGUUAUAUCAAAAUUGAUUGGAGUAAAUUUGAAGAAAAUUACAAUAAAGUAUUAGAUUUGGACGAAGAUGGCAAAGUCACUACGAAUGAUUUGAAAUUAAUCUUUUUUAAAGUUGUUGAAUUUUUCGGUAGAAAUUUUCAAACCGAUGCUAGCUUUAUGAUUGGAUUCGGUGUUGGAUUCAGAUACGGUUAA